AUGGAGGAGCAGAGGCUGCCCAGCGAGGAGAAGGACUCAGAGGCUCCUGCCCAUGGGGCUGUGGCCUCGGAAGAGAUGGGCAGCGGGGAGGGGGACCCCCUAAAACCCCCUGAAGAAGCUUCUGCGGGGCUGAAGCUGGAGAGCAAGGACACGAAGGGACCUCCCCAGGCUGGCAGCACCCCCCUUCGCCGCUGUGCCCUCUGCAACUGUGGGGACUGGAGCCCGCACGGGCAGCAGGAGCUGCAGCGCUUCGAGCCAGCUCCCGACUGGCACCAGCAGCUGGCAGGGUACCACCCCAGCCCUGGGGGGUCCAGCCAGCCCCUCCCAGAGCUGGAGCCCCAGGUGGGCGACGACCUGGCACAGGUUGGCUUCUCGGAGUGGGUGACUCCAGUGCAGCUCUUCGAGCCGACAGGGCACUGCUGGGUUCACCGCUGGUGCGCAGCCUGGGCAGUGGGGCAGGAGGUGCCAGGGGCCGGUGUGGGCAGUGCUGUUUUCUCAGGGAUCUCACAGAAAUGUGAACGCUGCCAGCGGGCAGGGGCCUCCAUCCCGUGCCGGGCAGAAGGGUGCCUGCGGCUCUUCCACCUGCCCUGCGCUGCUACUGCUGGCUGCUUCCAGUCCAUGAGGAGCCUGCGGCUGCUGUGCCCUCAGCACGUGGCACAGGCCCUGCAGAUGGAGGAUGCCAGGUGCUUGGUGUGCCAGGGGCCGGGCGAGCUGCAGGACCUGGUGCUGUGUACCAGCUGUGGGCACCACUACCAUGGAGCCUGCCUGGGCAUCGCCCUGACGUCGCGCAAGCGCCUGGGGUGGCGGUGCCCAGAGUGCAAAGUGUGCCAAGCCUGCAGGCAGCCUGGCAAGGACUCGAUGCUGGUGUGUGAGGUUUGUGACCAGGGCUGCCAUAGCUUCUGCCUGGACCCUGCCCUCCAGGGCUUCCCUGCCAGCUCCUGGAAGUGCCAGAACUGCAGGUUCUGCUCAGACUGUGGCCGGUGCCCAGCGGAGCUCAGCCCUGGCUGCCAGUGGUCCCAGAGCCCCUCCUGGGUGUGCCAGGGCUGCCAGCAGCGCCGUGCCACACAGGAUGCCCAGGGCAGCCCAGCACAGGCAGCACCACAGCCAGAGCCCCCUGCCCAGGCGUUGGCAUCCCCCCCACCCAGCAAGCCUGAGCCGGAGCAUGUGGGCUGUGAGGAGGAGAUGCAGCCCGGGGGGCACCCCGGGGAGGCCCCCCCAGGCCAUGGCAGGGCUCUUCCUGCCGACCCCACCCCCGGGGAGGUGCCCCCUGAUGUCAUGCCCCUUGACAAGGCACCCCCUGACGUGCAGCCCCCUCCCUUCAGGCAGCCUCCCCACGUGGAGCCCCCUCCCCUUAUGGAGCUCCCCCAUGUGGAGCCCCCUCCCCUCGUGGAACCCCCUGACAUCGAGCCCCCUCCCCACGUGGAACCCCCUGACAUUGAGCCCCCUCCCCACGUGGAGCCCCCUCCCCUCGUGGACCACCCCCACGUGCAGCCCCCUCCCCUCAUGGGCCCCCCCCAUAUAGAACCCCCUCCCCUCAUGGAGCCCCCUCCUCUUGUGGAACUCUCUGACGUGCAGCCCCCUCCCCUUAUGGAGUCCCCUGACAUGCAGCCCCCUCCCCUCAUGGGAACUCCUGACGUGCAGCCCCCUCCCCUUAUGGGAUCUCCUGACAUGCAGCCCCCUCCCCUCAUGGAACCCCCUGAUGUGCAGCCCCCUCCCCUCGUGGAGCCCCCUGACGUUCAGCCCCCUCCCCUCAUGGAGCCCCCUGACGUGCAGCCCCCACCUCUGGUGCUGCCCUCUGAGGAGCCUCCUCCUCUGGUGCUGCCCCUCGAGGAGCCCCCCCCUCCCAUGCUGCCCCCUAUGGAGCCCCCCCCUGAUGAGCUGCCCCUUGAGAGACCACCCCUGGACAACCCCCCCCUUGACACCCCCAGCCUCAAGGAGCUGCCCCCUGCUGAACCCCCCCUGGAUGAGUUGCCCCUCGCUGCCCCUCCCUUCGAGGGGCUGCCCCCCACCAAACCACUGUUCAAGGAGCUGCCCCCCGAGGAGCUGCCCCUUGCCACUUUGCCCUCUGAGGAGCUGCCCCCCAGCCAAUCCCUCCUUGACGAGCCCCCUCCUCACGAGCUGCCCCUUGAUGAGUCCCCCCCCAAAGAGCUGCCCCCCAGCCAAGCACCCCCUGAGGAGCCUCCCUCUGAAGUGCUGCCCCCCGAGGAGCCUUUCCCUGCUGAGCUGCCCCCCGAAGAGCCACUCCCCAGCCAGCUGCCCCCCGAGGAGCUCUCCCAGGAGGACCUGAAGCCACCAGGUCUCCUGCCUGAGGUGGCCAUGGCAGAGGAAGCUCCAGGCCUGGCCCCCGAGCUGCCCCCCGAGGAGGAGAUGGAGCUGGAGCCGGAGCCUUUGCUGUCCCCCGAGGCCACCCUCCUGCCCCCAGCUCCUCCAGAUCUCCAAGCUGUCUCACCUGCCCAACUCCCAGACACCAAGGAGGACGAGGUGCCUGAGCUGCCCACCCCAGCCCUGCCCGGGCCCCCUGACAACCCUCCCACCGCCAUGGACACCGAGCCCCCCCCCGGCUCCCCACCACCCGCCCUGGGCUCCCCAGCCUGUGCUCUGCCCCCCACCAAGCCCCCUGAGGAUGAGGAGAUGGAGACAGGAGGUGGUGAGGGGGAGUCCCCGGCCAGCCCCCCUGGAGAUGGCCUCCAUACCAGCCCAGCCCAGGAGCUGGGACCCUUCCCAGGCGUGCCCGAGGAGGAGGAAGAGGAGGAGGAAGAAGCUCCGAGGCUGGAGCGGGAGGGCACUAGCGGCAGCUCCCCACCCCUGAGCGAGGAGGAAGCACUGGAGGAAGGCCGGGCUCGGGGGGACCCCGAAGCCAAGGGGUCCCCCCUACUCCUGGAGGCAGAUGAGCUGCGCCCUGGCACCCCCAUGGAGGUCUGCAGCUCCGGGGAGAAGCUGCUGGGCAGGGGGCAACAGGUGGGGCCGGAGCCCCCUGCCCUGCGCCCUCGCCCCGACAUCCUCAAUGAGAUCUCCAACCUGAGCCAGGGGGACACCAGCAGCAGCUUCCCCGGCUCUGAGCCCCUCCUGGGCUCCCCGGACCCCGAAGGGGGGGGGUCCCUGUCCCUGGAGCUGGGCCCGGCCUCGGCCGAUGCCAGCCUGCAAAAGGAGGACGCAGGGUCCCUGCCCCUGGGCGCCGAGACCGACGACUCCCUGCUCUUCGAGCCUGGCACCAAGGGGGAUGGGGACAGGGACAAGGGCCGCAGGCGAAGCUCCCCCGGGCGCUCCCGGGUCAAGCAGGGGCGCAGCAGCAGCUUCCCAGGGCGGAGGCGCCCCCGGGGGGGGUCCCAUGGGGGCCGGGGCCGGGGCCGUGCCCGCCUCAAGUCGACCACCUCCUCUGUGGACACCCUGGCACUGGCUGAUGUGGAGAGCUCCCCCAGCAAGGAGGAAGAUGAGGAUGAUGAUGACACCAUGCAGAACACUGUUGUCCUCUUCUCCAACACCGACAAGUUUGUGCUGAUGCAGGACAUGUGUGUGGUGUGUGGCAGCUUUGGGCGCGGGGCCGAGGGGCACCUCCUGGCUUGCUCCCAGUGCUCCCAGUGCUACCACCCCUACUGCGUCAACAGCAAGAUCACGAAGGUGAUGCUGCUGAAGGGCUGGCGCUGCGUGGAGUGCAUCGUCUGCGAGGUGUGCGGCAAAGCCUCCGACCCCUCGCGCCUGCUGCUCUGCGACGACUGUGACAUCAGCUACCACACCUACUGCCUCGACCCCCCCCUGCAGACUGUGCCCAAGGGGGGCUGGAAGUGCAAGUGGUGCGUUUGCUGCGUGCAGUGUGGGGCAGCUUCCCCUGGCUUCCACUGCGAGUGGCAGAACAACUACACCCACUGUGCCCCCUGUGCCAGCCUGGUUGUGUGCCCCUUCUGCCGUCAGAAGUAUGUGGAGGAUGAUCUCCUGAUCCAGUGCCGCCACUGCGACCGGUGGCUGCAUGCAGCCUGUGACAGCCUCUUCAGCGAGGAGGAGGUGGAGCAGGCUGCGGAUGAAGGCUUUGACUGCAGCGCCUGCCAGCCCUACGUGGUCAAACCAGCUGCGCCUGCACCUCUCCCAGAGAUCACCUCGGUGAAGGCCAAGGAGCCAGAGCCCCAGUAUUUCCGCUUUGAGGGGGUGUGGCUGACAGAGACAGGGAUGGCAGUGCUGAGGAACCUCACCCUGUCCCCCCUGCACAAGCGGCGGCAGCGCAAAGGGGGUCGCCCCGGGGCCCUCAAUGGUGACGGGGGGCUGGAGGGGGGAGACCCCCUGGGCCCUGAGGACAAGAAGGAUGGGGACCUGGACACUGAGGAGCUGCUCAAGGCUGAGGUGGGGGUGGAGCACAUGGAGUGUGAGAUCAAGCUGGAGGCUCCAGCCAGCCCUGACCGUGACAUCGGUGCCGACGUGGACUCAGGGAAGGGUCUGGAGGACCCUGAGGAGUGCAAGAAGAGGAAGCGCAAACCCUACCGGCCCGGCAUCGGUGGCUUCAUGGUGCGGCAGCGCAAGUCCAACACUCGCCUGAAGAAGGUCUCAGCGGUGCUGGCUGAAGUGGGGCGCGAGGGGCUGAGUGCCGAGGGGCACCCCGAGGAUGGGACUCCAGGUGACCUCCCAGCCGAGGGAGCUGCGGAUCCAGGCUCAGCAGAGGGGGAUGAGAAGAAGAAGCGCCGGGGAAGGAAGAAGAGCAAGCUGGAGGACAUGUUCCCUCCAUACCUGCAGGAGGCCUUCUUCGGGAAGGCUCUGAUGGACCUGAGCCGGAAGGCUCUGCUGGCAGCAGGCGGCGUCGGGGAUGGCGGUGCCUGCCCCUCCCUGGGCCAGGGUGCCCCACGACCCAAGGGGGACCCCAACCUGGCUGGAGCACUGCAGAGCACCCCCCAUGAGAGGAGAGAGACCCCCAUGCACCCCCGAGGAGACGACAGCACCGACGGCAGCGCCGCCGCUCCGGAUGACGACGGCAAGGACGACGCAAAGGGCGAGGACCUGGGGACCGAUGAGCCCAAGGACUCCCCGGACCCCGGGGACACCGAGAAGCCGGCGACGCCGGGCGAGGGUGCGCUGAGCUCUGACCUCGACAAGAUCCCCACGGAAGAGCUGCCCAAGAUGGAGAGCAAAGAUGUCCAGCAGCUCUUCAAGGACGUGCUGGGCUCGGCGGAGCGUGGGGAGCAGCCUCUGAACUGUGUGGCUGCAGGGAUGGAGGCCGGGGGAGCAGGGCAGGACCCCAGCCGGGCACAGAGGCCGUUCCUGCAAGGAGACCUGCAGCUGCCAGGGCAGGGGAGCGUUUCCCUGGGCUCACUCUCCGGAUCUGUCUCCCUGGAUUCAUAUCCAGGCGUCUGCCAGUCCCCGUUCCUCGAUAACAGGGAACGAAGUGGCUUCUUCAGCCCUGACCACUGCGAGCCCGAGAGCCCCUGGGCCAGCAGCUCAGCUGCCACCACCCCCUCGACCCCCACGACCCCCACGACGGAGGGGGAGGGCGAGGGCCUCUCCUACAACCAGCGCAGCCUCCAGCGCUGGGAGAAGGACGAGGAGCUGGGGGAGCUCUCCACCAUCUCCCCUGUCCUCUAUGCCAACAUGAACUUCCCCAACCUCAAGCAGGAUUAUCCCGGACUCCCAGACUGGUCGAGCCGUUGCAAACAGAUCAUGAAGCUCUGGAGGAAGGUCCCUGCCACGGACAAAGCCCCUUAUUUGCAAAAGGCCAAAGAUAACCGAGCGGCACAGCGCAUCAGCAAGGUGCAGAAGCAGGCCGAGAGCCAGAUCAACAAGCAGACCAAAGGCGAGGGACUGCGCAAGCCGGAGAGGCCCUCCCUGCACCUGCGGAUCCCGGUGCCCCCCGGGGCACAGCCCCCAGUCUACAUUGGCAGCCCCCCAGCUGGCACCACCACCGCCACCACCGAGGGCUUCUUCAAGCCCCCAGCGGGGUCGGAGUCUCCCAGCGAGCUCUUCCUCAAGCUGCCCCCCCAGUCCCCUGCCCAAGUGCCUUCCCACGAGCCCUUCGGCGCGGCGCCUGCCUACCCGCUGGAGCCUCGCUUCCCCUCACCCCUGGGCCAGAGCCCCACGCCGGGCACUGCCUUCCAGCCCUUCCCCACCCAGCCCCUCACCGCCCCCCGUGCCGUCCCCAGCUCUCAGCCCCACGAUUUCCACCCCACGCCCCCCGGCACCCCCAGGCACCAACCUGGCACUCCCGACCCUUUCCUGAAGCCUCGGUGCCCUUCCUUAGACAACCUCUCAGUGCCGGGGAGCCCUGGGGCGCGGCUACCCGAGGCCCUGCUCUCUCCCCUGCCUUUUGGGGAGCAGAAGAAGGGGCUGGAGGUGAAGAAGGAGGAAGUGGGGAGCCUGGGGGUCUGCUCCCCCGGUUAUGCCCCCAUCAUGGGCUAUGGGGACUCCCCAGGGGGCCCUCACCUCUCUGCUGCGGAGCUGAAGGCAGCUGACGUCUUCAAGGCCCCCAUGACCCCCCGGGUCCCUCAGGUAGAGCCGCAGAGCCCGGGGCUGGGGCACCGGCCCCCCGACCCCCAUUCCCUGGCCUCCUCUCCCCCCGGGCAUCCUGAGCUCUACCGCCAGUCACCCUACCCAGACCCCUACUCGCAGCCCCCCCUGACGCCCCGGCCGCAGCCCCCCGAGCCCUGCUGCGCCCUCCCUCCCCGCUCCCUGCCCUCGGAGCCCUUCUCCCGCGUCCCUGCCAGCCCCCAGUCCCAGUCCAGCUCCCAGUCUCCCCUCACCCCUCGGCCGCUCUCCAACGAAGCGUUUUGCCAGUCCCCUGUCACCCCUCGUUUCCAGUCCCCAGACCCUUACUCCCAGCCCCCCUCCCGGCCCCAGUCCCGGGACCCCUUCCCCCCCAUGCACAAACCCCCCCGCCCCCAGCUGCCAGAGCCGGGCUUCAAGUCGGUGCCGCUCUCACACAGCCCAGCAGCUGCUGGGGGCUUCCUGGGGGGCACCCCGGCGGGUGAGCCUCACCCCAAGGUGCCGGGUGGGCAGCAGCAGCAGCCCCCCUUUGCCUGCUCCCCCGGUGCCAGCGUCUUCCCGGGCAGCCAGGCCCCCCCCAUGCGCUUUACCUUCCCCCCAGCCGUGUCAGAGCCACUCAAGGGGUCCCCAUCCCAGCAGCCCCACGGCAUCAACAGCCACUUCGUGCCCGGCAAGCCCCAGAGCUCUGCCUACUCCUCAUCCCCUGCUUUCCACCAAGCUGGCAGCCCCCUGGGGCCGGGCACAGCAGCUGCAGAGCCCUACAGCCUCUCGCCCCUGCGGCCUCCCUCGGUGCUGCCGCAGCAGUCCCCGGCGGCCCCCCAGGACUCCUCUGUCGCCUUCCUGCCCCGAGCUGCCCUGGGGCCGCCGGCUGACAAGAGGGAGGAGGCAGCUGUGGGGCUCUCAGCACCCCCAAACCGUGAGCUGGCCGAGCUGCCUGGCAGCCAGGAGGGGGCUCUGGGCACCAUGAGCCAGUCGGAGCUGGAGAAGCAGCGGCAGCGCCAGCGGCUGCGGGAGCUGCUGAUCCGGCAGCAGAUGCAACGCAACAGCCUGCGGCAGGAGAAGGAGAGCGCAGCAGCGGCGGCAGCUGGCACCCCCUCGCCCGCAGGGUGGGCACCUGAUGCUGCCAGCCAGGCCUUCGAGCUGGGCAGGGGCAUGGCCCCCUACCAGCCAGCACAGGACAAGAGCCUCCUUGGGCCACUGGGCACCGUGGCUGGCGCUGGGAAGCUGCCAGGCUCUGUCAUGGUGCAGGCAGCGUUCGGGCAGGAUGAGCGGCUGGCACGGCCCCCACCGGCAGCCACCCCGGUGGCCCUGGACAUCAACGGGAGGGCAACAGUGGGGCCCCCCCAGGCCCUCUAUCCCCGUGGGGUCUUCCCGGCACAGUCCCCGCAGCAGCACCUCUGGCAGCAGCAGCAGCAGCAGGCAGCAGCCGCGGCCCUGCGGCUCCAGGUCCCCUCCCGCUUCGCCCCACCGACAGCUGGCACCCCCCUGGGCACUCGCCUGCCAGCCCCUGCUGACCCGGUGCCUGCCUCGCCUGCCACCCUGGGCGCCCCCUUCAUCGAGCUGCGGCACAAUGUGCAGAAGGGCCCUGGGGGGGUUGUGGGAUCCCCCUUUGCCCCCCAGGCUCCCCGGCCGCGCUUCUUCCUGCCAGGGGAGGAGGGCACCCCCCAAGCCCUCUGCACCCCAGUCAUGCCCAUGCAGGCGCUGCCCACCCCGGCACUGCAGCCCCAGAAGAUGGCAGCGCCCCUGCCGCCAGCGUCGCCGCAGGGAGCCGAGCUGAGCAACAGCCACCACCAGGCUCACACCAAAGCAGUGCUCACCCAGCUGCUGCCAGCCCCCGGCCUGGACCUGCAGCACCUCCCCCCGCGCCCCCUGCCCUGUGGCUCUGCCCUGCGCCCCGAGCCACCCAAGGACGGCACCGCGCCGGAGCCGGUGCCAGCUGCCCCCCCGGGGAAGAGCCACCUGAGCCUGGAGGGGGCCAGGCUGCCCUGCGAGGUGCCAGUGGAGCCCGAUCUGGACGACGACUUCGGCUCCCACAAGGACCUGGAAGACGACGACGAUGAUUUGGCCAACCUGAGCCUGGAUCCUGACGUGGCCAAGGGGGACGACGACCUGGACAACCUGGACAGCCUGGAGGGGGCAGACCCCCACCUGGACGACCUCCUGAAUGGGGGUGAGUUCGACCUGCUGGCCUACACCGACCCUGAGCUGGACACAGGGGACAAGAAGGACAUCUUCAACGAGCACCUGCGCCUGGUGGAGUCUGCCAACGAGAAGGCUGAGCGCGAAGCCCAGCUCCAGACGGAGCCCUCGGUGCCCGGCCUCAAGCUGCCUGACCCCCCGGAUGGCAAAGAACCUGCCCCACCCGCCCAGGACAGGGAGGUGCCCAAGGAAGUGCCCCCCGGGGUGGGCUUGGGAGCCACUGCCUGCCCGCCGGGCACUGCGCCACCCCCUGAGGCAGCUUUCAAGGUGCAGGGCACGGAGGGCAAGGUGGGCAUGGUGGGUACGGUGCCUGCCGAGGUCAAGCCCAAGCUGGAGGAUGGCUGCCUGAAGACCUCUCCCUGCCAGUUCACCGCCAGCGGUCCCGAGCGGCUCCCGGUGCCCAUUAAGUCAGAGGCCCUGCAGGGCACGGACAAGAUCUCAGCCUCGCUGGGGCUGAGCCUCAAACCUGGGCAGAGCCUGCUGAGCCCCGGGGCUGGCACAGGGCGCCUGAGCUUGAGUCACUUCCCCAGCGCUGCCCACCCUGGAGUCCCUGUGCCAGAGAAGGAUCCCUACGCCGGCCGCGGGCUGGCACCCGCCCAGCUGGGCAACCAGAGCAACCCCUUGCUAGAGAAGUUCGAGCUGGACAGUGGAGCCCUGGGCCUGGGCAGUGCCAGGCAGUCGCCAGCUGACGACCUGGACAAGAUGGAGAGCUCCUUGGUGGCCAGCGAGCUGCCCCUGCUCAUUGAGGACCUGCUGGAGCAUGAGAAGAAGGAGCUGCAGAAGAAGCAGCAGAUGUCAGCCCACCUGCCCCGGGGCACCCCCCACCUCCCAGCCCCGGGGCACCCCCUGCUGCACCCCACAGCGGCUGGGCAGCCCCCCGAGGGGCAGCCCCCUCCCCGCCUGGGUGCCCAGCAGACGCCUCUCCAGCUGGGGCUGGUGGCCAGGCCACCGCUGAUGCCACCUCAGCCUCCCCGGCUGGGAGCACCCCAGCAGGGUCCGGGCUUGACUCCCCACAUGGGCAUGGCCCCCGGGCAGCCCCACGUGCUGGCAGCGCCCCACAGCGUGCAGGUGGCCCUGGCACAGCCGCAGCAGAGCCAGCAGCAGGUGCUGGUGCAGAAGCCGAUGGCUGGGGUGCAGCCCCCGGCCCUGGGCAUGAAGCCCCCUCCUCAGCUCGUCAUGCAGCAGCAGCAGCUGGCAAACAGCUUCUUCCCAGACACAGACCUGGACAAGUUUGCAGCUGAGGACAUCAUGGACCCCAUUGCCAAGGCCAAGAUGGUGGCACUGAAGGGCAUCAAGAGGGUGAUGGCUCAGGGCAGCAUCGGCGUGGCCCCGGGCAUGAACAGGCAACAGGUCUCACUGCUGGCCCAGCGGCUCUCGGGGGGCCCAGCCGUGUCCGAGAUGCAGAAUCACCUCCUGGCAGGGAGUGGGCAGGAGCGCAGUGGCACCGACCCGACCCAGGCUCGCCCCAACCCACCCACCUUUGCCCAGGGUGUUAUCAACGAGGCUGACCAGCGGCAGUACGAGGAGUGGCUGUUCCACACGCAGCAGCUGCUGCAGAUGCAGCUGAAGGUGCUGGAGGAGCAGAUUGGUGCCCACCGCAAGUCGCGCAAGGCUCUGUGUGCCAAGCAACGCACGGCCAAGAAGGCUGGCAGGGAGUUCCCCGAGGCUGACGCCGAGAAGCUGAAGCUGGUGACAGAGCAGCAGAGCAAGAUCCAGAAGCAGCUGGACCAGGUGCGGAAGCAGCAGAAGGAGCACACCAACCUGAUGGCUGAGUACCGCAACAAGCAGCAGCAGCAGCACCAGCACCAGGCCUCGGCCGUCCUGGCCCUCAGCCCCUCGCAGAGCCCUCGCCUCAUGUCCAAGCUGCCUGGGCAGCUGCUGUCGGUGCAUGGGCAGCAGCCUGCGGGCACCACGGUGGCAGCUCAGGGCCUCGGCCAGCCAGCGGCACAGGCCGGGGGCCUACGGCUGCCCCAGGGCGCUGUGCCCAUGGGCGUGCAGCAAGGCCUCUCCUUCAUGGGCCAGCAAGGGGUGGGCAGUGCCCCCCUGCCUGGCACCUCCAACGCCUUUUUCAGUGGUAACCCAGCGCUCCGUGGGCUGGCAGCCGAUGGCCGCCUGAUGCAGGAGAGGCAGCUGCAGAGGAUGCAGCUGGCACAGAAACUGCAGCAGCAGCAGAACAUGCUGGGACAAGUCUCACUGCAACAGCAGCAGCAGCCAGGUGUGCUGGGGCAGGCAGCUAUGCAGCAGCAGCAGCAGCAAGGUGUGAUGGGCCAGGCAGCCAUGCAGCAGGCAGGGGUGCUGGGCCAGCCUUCCAUGCAGCCACAGGGCAUGAUGGCACAGACAUCCCUGCAGCAGGCAGGAAUGCUGGGCCAAGGAGACAUGCAGCAGCCGGGGAUGAUGGCGCAGAGCUCGUUGCCCGGCGUUAUGCAACAGCAGCAGCAGCAGCAGCAGCAGCCUGGUGUGAUGGGCCAAGGCUCCAUGCAACCAACAGCCAUGGUGGGACAGCCCAGCUUGCUGGGGCAGCAGCAGCCAGCCCCUGCCCCACAGCCUGGCACCGUGGGACAGCCGAUGGUGCCGAAGCAGCCAGGGCUGAUGGGCAGCCAGCAGAGCCUCCUGGUGCAGCAGCUCUCACCGCAGCAGCAGCAGCAGCCAGGGCUGCUGGGCCACACUCAGGGCCCAGGGCUGCAGCACCAAGCAGUGCUUGGGCACCCCCAGCCCCAGCAGCGCCAGGUUCUCCUCACCCCCCACCAGCAGCGGUUACUGGGCUCACCCCAGAUGGCACCGCAGGCUCCGGGCAUGCUGGGGCACCGCCUGGUGCUGUGCCAGCAGCUGGGGCAGUCACGGGCACUGCUGCCCCCGCAGCAGCAGCAGCAGAACUCAGCGGGCACCCAGCCUGGGCUCCUGGGGCUGGGCCAGGGCCAGGCCUCGAUCCAGCACUUUCCGCAGCAUGGGGUGGGGGCCCAGUCCCCCUCCGUGCUGCACCUGAGUCAGGGAAUGCAGCCGGCCCCUGCUGUCCUGGCUGCCAAGGACCAGCCCACGGUGGGGAUAGAUGGCAGUGCCCUGCCUGCCGAGGGCACUGAGAGCGGGGGGCAGCUGCACGGAGGGGGGACCCAGGAGCAGCAGGGAGCCCUCAACCCCCCGGGGCUGGGUGGUCCUGAACCCCCAGCCUCCAAACACCAACCUGAGCUGGGGCAGGGCCAGCAGCUCCUCUUAGCCUCCCCGCAGACGGCGCUGCGGGCACCCCCGGUGCAGCCCGGCAGCACCCUGCUUGCCUCCGCUGCCCGCCCCGAGCUAUCCCAGCAGCCUGGGGACACCACGGGGGCACCGCGGGCACCGGAGCAGCCAGGCAAGGGGCCGCAGGGCACCCUGCAGGGCCAACCUCAGCCCCCCCGGCUGCAGAGCCCUGGGCAGCACAAAGUGGGGCCACCGCCGGGCACGGUGCCCGCAGCUCUCCUGGGGCAGGUGCCAGGCCCCAUGAUGGGCCAGAUCCGGGCACAGCUGCAGGGGGUCCUGGCAAAGAACCCACAGCUGCGGCACCUGACGCCGCAGCAGCAGCAGCAGCUGCAGGCACUCCUGGUGCAGCGGCACCAGCAGAACCUGUUGCAGCAGAGCCAGGCGCUGCGGCCCUCUGGCCCCUUCCCCGGGCAGGCCCCGGACUAUGGCACCCCUGCCCGCCAACCCCCUCGCCCCCUGGCACCUCCCUUCCAGCCCCGGCCGGGUGCCUCGGCGGAGCCCCAGCCCGGCUUUGGCACAGAGCAGGGCCGGGCACUGCCCGGGCAGCCUCCCCAGCAGCAGCCCCUGGCAGAGCUGGUGCAGGCAGCCCUGGCUGCCCGCGGCCCCCAGCCUGGCCUCGUCCGGCUCCCCACGCCGCCGGCCCCCUCACCCCUGGGCUGUGCCCCGCAACACCUGGCUAGCCCCGAGCAGAGCCCUCAAGAGCCAAAGAAGACGUCACCAGGGGUACCAACCUCGGCGCCCAGCCCCCUGACGCCCACGCCUGGCAGCACCCUCCCCGAGCCGGCACAUGGCCCCUGGGACUCUGAAGCACCCAGCACAGACUCAGCUGACCCCAGCGAGAGCCACAUCAAUGGGGCUGCAGGGGAGGGGCUCCCCGUGGCAGGUGAAGCCCCCCAGGUGCCGGUGAAGCAGGAGCCGAAGGAGGAGGGGGCAGCGGCGGUGGCACCGUGCCAGCCGGGCGGAGACGAGGCCACAAAACCGGAGGCCAACGGAGGCUCCGGGGCUGGCCAAGCCAACAACCUGCUGGCACCGGGCAGCCGCUCCGAGGCUGGGCACCUCCUGCUGCAGAAGCUGCUGAGGGCCAAGAACGUGCAGCUGUCGGCGCAGAGCCCGGGCGAGCUCAACGGGCACACGGAGAGCCGUGGCAUCGGCACCGAGCCGCGGGCACCGCCGGGCCGGGAGGACCCCUCCAUCGCCAGGAAGCCAGCGCCCACCAAGCCCAAGCGGGUGCAGAAGGGCACCGAGCGGGUGCCAGCCUCCCGCAAGAAACUGCGGAAGGACGAAGGGCUGCGGCCCGGCGAGGCCCUGAUGAAGCAGCUGAAGCAGGAGCUGUCGCUGCUGCCCCUGACGGAGCCAACCAUCACUGCCAACUUCAGCCUCUUUGCCCCCUUCGGCAGCAGCCCCAUCAACGGCAGGAGCCAGCUGCGGGGCACCUUUGGCAGUGCCAUGCUCGACAGCGUCCCCGACUACUACUCCCAGCUGCUCACCAAGAACAACCUCAGCAACCCUCCCACGCCGCCCUCUUCGCUGCCCCCCACGCCGCCGCCCUCUGUGCAGCAGAAGAUGGUGAACGGUGUCACGGCCCCCGAGGAGCUGGGGGAGCAGCCCAAGGACACCGACCCAGCCCGGGAGCCACACGGCCAGAAAGACACAGCAGCUGUAGAGGUGAAGAGCCUGGACCUGCUGGCAGCUCUCCCUACCCCUCCCCACAACCAGACCGAGGAUGUCAGGAUGGAGAGUGACGAUGAGAGCGACUCCCCUGACAGCAUCGUCCCUGCCUCAUCCCCUGAGAGCGUCCUGGGUGAGGAGCUGCUGCGCUUCCCCCUGCUCAGCGAGGCCAAGCCGGAGCUGGAGGAGAGAGUCCUGUCCCCUAUCAUCCCUAUGAUCCCCAGGGCCAGCAUCCCAGUGUUCCCCGACACAAAGCCCUACGAGGCUGUGGAGCCCUUUGGGGGGCCCCCUGGCAAGGUGGGGGCAGCAGGCCCAGGUGCCCCCUGGGAGAAGGGCAGGAGCAGCGAGGUCUCCGUCAUGCUGACCGUGUCCGCGGCGGCCGCCAAGAACCUCAGUGGGGUGAUGGUGGCCAUGGCUGAGCUGCUGAGUGUGAAGAUCCCCAGCUCCUAUGAGGUGCUGCUCCCGGAUGGCCCCAUGCGGGCGGCCGUGGUGGAAGCCAAGAAGGUGGAGCCAGACGUGGCCGGGAUGCUUGGUGGGAAGGAGAAGGCUGGGAAGGUGCCCGACAGCAGCUCGGAGUGGCUGAAGCAGUUUGAUGCGGUGCUGCCAGGCUACAGCCUCAAGGGCGAGCUGGACCUCCUCACCUUGCUCCGCCAGGAGAGCCCUGCCCCAGAGAAGAGCCUGCACCACUGCUACGUCAACAACGUCUCCAACCUGGAUGUCCGGCAGCUCUCCGCCCUGCCCCAGGAGCCGUCCCCUCCGCUGUCCCCCUCCGUCCCCUCCCCAUCCAGCCCCACCGAGGCUGCCAGGGUCCCUGACCCCGAGGCAGCCCACGAAGCAACCCCAGCCCCUUCCUCCCCGCUCCCCCCAGCCCCUUCUCCGGCGCCCCAGGAGGAAGGGGCCGCAGCCCCCCACUCGCCUCCCCGCUUCAAGCCCCGCUCGCGGCCGCCGGAGGACGGGGAGGAGGCAAGGCCGCGGCUGAAGAAGUGGAAGGGGGUGAGGUGGAAACGGCUGCGGUUCCUGGUGACCAUCCAGAAGGGAGGAGCCAAGCGGGACGGGGACAAGGAGAUCGCGGAGUUCAUCGACCGGCUGGGCACCACCCUGCGGCCCGAGAAGGUACCGCGGGACCUGCGCAAGUGCUGCUUCUGCCACGAGGAGGGCGACGGUGCCACCGACGGCCCCGCCCGGCUGCUCAACCUCGACCUGGACCUCUGGGUCCACCUGAACUGCGCCCUGUGGUCCACGGAGGUGUACGAGACGCAGGGGGGAGCCUUGAUCAACGUGGAGGUGGCCCUGCACCGGGGGCUGCUGACCAAGUGCUGCCUGUGCCAGAAGACCGGAGCCACCAACAGCUGCAACCGCAUCCGCUGCCCCAGCGUCUACCACUUCGCCUGUGCCAUCCGUGCCAAGUGCAUGUUCUUCAAGGACAAGACCAUGCUGUGCCCCCUGCACAAGCUGAAAGGGCCCUGCGAGCAGGAGCUGAGCAGCUUCACCGUCUUCCGCCGCGUCUACAUCGAGCGGGACGAGGUGAAGCAGAUCGCCAGCAUCAUCCAGCGCGGGGAGAGGCUCCACAUGUUCCGGGUCGGGGGUUUGGUCUUCCACGCCAUCGGGCAGCUGCUGCCCCACCAGAUGGCAGAUUUCCACAGCGUCACUGCUCUCUACCCGGUGGGCUACGAGGCCACCCGCAUCUACUGGAGCCUGAGGACCAACAACCGGCGCUGCUGCUACCGCUGCACCAUCUGCGACAACAAUGGGCGGCCGGAGUUCGUGGUGCAGGUCAUCGAGCAGGGCCUGGAGGAUUUGGUCUUCUCCGACUCCUCGCCACAAGCUGUCUGGAACAGGAUCAUCGAGCCAGUGGCGAUGAUGAGGAAGGAGGCCGACAUGCUGCGGCUCUUCCCUGAGUACCUGAAGGGCGAAGAGCUCUUCGGCCUCACGGUGCACGCGGUGCUGCGUAUCGCCGAGUCGCUGCCCGGCGUGGAGAGCUGCCAGAACUACCUAUUCCGCUAUGGGCGGCACCCCCUGAUGGAGCUGCCCCUGAUGAUCAACCCCACCGGCUGCGCCCGCGCCGAGCCCAAGAUCCUCACCCACUACAAGCGGCCCCACACCCUGAACAGCACCAGCAUGUCCAAGGCCUACCAGAGCACCUUCACGGGGGAGACCAACACCCCUUACAGCAAGCAGUUUGUGCACUCCAAGUCCUCGCAGUACCGGCGCCUGAAGACCGAGUGGAAGAACAACGUCUACCUGGCGCGGUCCCGCAUCCAGGGGCUGGGGCUCUACGCCGCCAAGGACAUCGAGAAGCACACGAUGGUCAUCGAGUACAUUGGCACCAUCAUCCGCAACGAGGUGGCCAACCGUCGCGAGAAGGUCUACGAGGAGCAGAACCGUGGCAUCUACAUGUUCCGCAUCAACAACGAGCACGUCAUUGACGCCACCCUGACGGGGGGCCCAGCCAGGUACAUCAACCACUCGUGUGCCCCCAACUGCGUGGCUGAGGUCGUGACCUUUGACAAGGAGGACAAAAUCAUCAUCAUCUCCAGCAGGCGCAUCCCCAAGGGGGAGGAGCUCACCUACGACUACCAGUUCGACUUCGAGGACGACCAGCACAAGAUCCCCUGCCACUGCGGAGCCUGGAACUGCCGGAAGUGGAUGAAUUAGAGAGGGGCAGGGGGAUGGACCCCGCAGCCUCCU